AUGGGUCUAACAACUAUCUUCAAAGUUACAUAUGGCAACCACUCAGGCCGAAACAUCGCCCUGUGCCUCGAAAAGCUGGAAACUAUCCACAUCGGCGGAUGGGAUAAAGAGCGCAUUAUCAAUUUCGAGGUCCUCGGAGACGACUGCCCGUGUGAUUUCCGCAUCAUCACGAACAAGAAGUGCCAGGCUUUCGGUAACAAGGAUGGCUACCAGUCUAAGGAGCUUUGGGCGAAGGACGACAAUGGGCUCAGCCUGGCACUGCGCGGCAUCUUUGUGAGUUGGGUGGGCUCGACUCCGGCCACGAUGGGUGCUGUUGUCUGGGCGCUCCCGCCUGUCGAGUCCCAAAGCGAGCGGCUCUGA